AUGAAUAGGAAUAACGUACUUGAAAAACACUUACUCUCCAGAAGUUAUGAUUCGGAAUCGAGAAUUGAAGAGUUGUUGAAUGAAAGAUACUCGCUUAGGGGAACUCAGAGGCAUUUUAUGCACAUCGUACCAACCAUAUCAGCAGAGGAGAAGAAAGGGCCUAUUAAGAUUCUUAACCACGGUGAGGUUAGUGAACCUAAUGCCAAGGUCACUAAAGAACGUCGAGUGAAUACUAGAAGAGAGUUGAGGCUUUAUAUACAAUCAACCUUGGCCAACCAAACCAAAUUGAUCAAAAAGAUUCAAGCUUAUAAUCGAAUGAAUAAAGAGAGAAAUGAUUCAAAUAAGAAAAAGCCAUUCCCCGUCGUUAAAUUGAUAGACCACUAUAAAAUUCCGAAGUUUGAAGAUUUCAAACCUAUAAAUAAUUUAUGGCAAAACUAUAUUCAAGAUUUAUUGUUUCCUCAACAAGUUAAUAGUUUACCAGGAUCGCAGGCGUUAUUACAAAAGCUUUCAUUAGCAGAUUUCAAUGGUUGCUUACUUCAUGUUAUUGACUCAAAAAACAAAAAUUGCAUUGGAAUAAGGGGUAUUGUUGCAUGGGAUACCCAGUAUUCAUUUAUUUUAUGUACUCCAAGAAAUGAAGACUCAAAAGAAUGGAAUGGAUCCAGAUCAGAGUUCACUCCUGCAGAGCAAGUUGGCGGAUUAAGAAUCAUAUCCAAAAAGGGGACCCUAUUUGGGUUUGAUAUCCAAUUACCUUCUAAACUACAAAGUGAAGGUGGAAAUGAAGAAACUUUAGGAUUCACGAUUAUAGGGUCAAGAUUUGAAUUUAGAUCAGUCGAUAGAUCUGGUAAGAAAUUUAAGAAUCAUAACGUUGAUGAUUUAGUAUAA